AUACAUGUACUUCCGUUGUAAAUACGGAAACGAUAAGUCGAUUAUCUCAGUGUUUAUUGACUCCUUUGUGAGUGAUAUUUAACAUUGGAUCUAUGUAUUUAACUUUAAAACUUGAAUACGUAUACACGAUAGAUUGCCACAGUGGGGACUCCUUAAAAAAUAUUUCAUCAGCUGAAAUAUAAACGCUGACGUGUACUUUCGAUUCGGUGUUUAUAAAUAUGAAUGUCAACAAAUUGAACAAACACAGACGUGAUCACAAUUAAUACACGUUUGAACAGAGCAUUUUGUGCAUUUAGUGAAUUUCUUGUAAGAAAGGACAUUAGGAAUAGAACUAGAUACAUACAUCACUGAUUCGUAUUAUCAUUAAGGACGCUUAAUAUAUUUUAACGUGGAUUAUAUUACACAUAUACUUUAAUACGUCUUGGAUAUUAAUAGAUGUGUUCAAGAAAGUAUUAUGUUCUCAUACGGAUAAAACGUGUUUAAGAAAAUACAGGUACAUCAUCAAACAUCUACAUCGAUAAGUCUGUGUUACAUUUGGUGACGAAAGUAAUACUACAAAAUAACGCGAGUGAACGUUGGGACAAUUACGAGGACGGAAUGGAGGCAAUAAGCCUGAUAAUAUUCGGUGUGAUUCUCAUAGGGAUAUAUCUGCUAUGGUCUCGCCCGAGUUCGUCAGCCAGCGGAAACUCAGGUAACCAUGAAGACGUGAGAAUACGCACCAGGGGGUCUGUGUUCCGGCUGUUUGGGGACGCAGCACAUCCGGAGAGGAUCUUCGACAAAUUUACUUCCAUUGAGGACGUCCGUGCGGCAAUUAGAACGGCUGGUCUGGAGUCGAGCAGUCUCAUGUUCGGCAUAGAUUUUACGGCCAGCAAUGUGCACCAGGGUCUCCGCACGUUCGGAGGCCGCAAUCUGCACCACUUGGACAUGCUUAACCCCAACCCGUACCAACAGGUGAUCUCUAUACUUGGUGAAACUAUGGAACCCUUCGAUGACGACGGGUUUAUUCCAGCGUUUGGAUUCGGUGACGUCACAACCAAGGAUUUUGGGGUAUUCCCUUUUCGUUGCCAGGGUUACUGCGCCGGUUUCCAGGAAGUGUUGAGCGCUUACCAGGGCGUGGCCGGACGUGUGCGACUCAGCGGUCCCACAAACUUUGCUCCUCUCAUCUACAAAGCCAUCGAUAUCGUCAGACAGACCAGAGCGUACCACAUUCUCGUCAUCGUCGCCGACGGCCAGGUGACGUCAGAGCAGGCGACCCGUGACGCAAUUGUAGAGGCCUCGCGUUGGCCGCUUUCCAUUGUCCUCGUCGGCGUCGGAGACGGGCCAUGGGCGCAGAUGGAGGAGUACGACGACAGCUUGCCGACGAGAAAGUUCGACAAUUUUCAGUUUGUCGACUUUUACAAGGUCAUGUCGACCGCCCGGAAUCCGACGGCAGCGUUCGCCCUAUCGGCUCUGAUGGAAAUUCCGGACCAGUACAAACAGAUCAAGAAACUCGGACUUUUAAACUUUGAGCAGUGACGUUUUCAACUGAUAGUUUUUUUCAUUUUUAUAUGUAGCUUUAUUUUAAGCUAUAGCCGUUUUAAUAGGAGAUAUAUUGCCGGGCCGCUAAGGCAUAUCACCUCUAGAUGCAUGUUUAUGAACAUAUGGAGCAGCUUACAGGUUGCGAUUUUGUCAUUAUUAUAUGGAAAAUAUUAGUCGAAAAACAGUUGAAAUGACACCUUUAAAAUAUGUGUGAUAACCAGUGCAUCUGGUGUUGUUUAAAGUUGGAUUUAUUUUUGAAUUUCUUUACAUUUGAUAUUGUUUCCUACCUCGACGAAAAUGCCUAUAUGAUGCUGGUUAUACUACCGAUAUGGGCGAUUUCCGUGUUACCGCUGGCAGCAUGGAUUAUUAAAAUUAUUCAACUAUGGGCAAAUGACGUCACGAGUGCAUCCAUUCAAUAGGGUAGUUAUCCAUGCAACGCCACUUCCGAUGAGAUUAAAAUUAAAGAGACGGAGCUUCUGGUGUGAUUUCUUAGUUGUUCGCUUGCGAACAACUAAGGUUAAUACCACACGUUUCAAGCAAGGUUAUAACUACGAUAAACCUGAUAGCUGCCGCAUCUGCCGCAUCCGCGCCGAGAAAGAGUUGUAUAUGUUAUGUCAGACGUUUGAGUUCUUCAAUUAUAUUCAUUCACAAAUGGAAACAUAAUGUGAAUAUCGUGUUACAUGGAAUAUUUUUGAACGGAGCGUUUAUAGAUAAGAAUCAAUAAACAAUGUUAGAAAUAUACGUGACGCGGAAGAGAAUCUGCUGCGUCUUAAUCACGUGGUAUUUUUUCCCAGCACAGGUCAUUCAUUAUCUGAGGCUAUUAAUAGAUGCGGGAAAAUAAAACUACUGCUGAUCAGCAAGUAUAGUGUCAUAUCGAGAGUCCAAUACACUAUCACGCGUCAGUUGCGUAACCUAGUGCUUGCUAUUUCAGCGGGGUUACAUUUGAUAUGUCUGGGAAACGUUCUUUUGUUCUCAACAGAUAGCGCAAUAUCACAUGUAUUCUCGAUUACACGGAUGAUAACAACGCACUAGUAUAAGGUUAAGCUUGUUUAUAUUCACAGUUCUCAAUUUAUAACACGUUGAACAUGAGCUGCGAAAAUGCUGACUUUGAAAUAAAUUUUGAAAUUUU